AUGGCCCUGUUCCUCUCCCUCGCCGAGACGCUCCUCCUCGCCUCCUCCAGCGCGAGGGGGGUGGGGGGCUGGUGCGCGCGGAGGCCCCCCCGCCGCUCCCGCUCCGCCCUGAUCGCGGCGCUGACGGUGCUGCUGGUGCAGACGCUCAUUGUGUGGAACUUCAGCAGCCUCGACUCCGGCGAGGACGGAGGCUCCAGCGUGCGGGAGAAGAGGGACCGGCUGUCGGGCAGCAAAGCUGCUUCUGCCUCAUCUUCCUCCGUCUCCUCCUCUUCCUCCUCUGCCGCUGCUGCCGCCGCUGCCGCCGCCGCUGGCAUCGACUAUUUCCAGCGCGGAGCCAAGAGGCAGCAUCUUCCUCCGGCUGGCAGGGGGGCAGCUCGACACAUACAGCAGCCGGAUGGAUAUUACUCUCAUCGGCCGAAGGAGAAAAAUCGAGUUGACAGCAACAAUGAAAACUCUGUGCCCAAAGACUUUGAGACCAUAGACAAUAGUAACUUUGGUGCACGUUCCCAACCUCACAGACAGUCCUUGGGGGCUACAAGCAGCAAGAAGCAGCGAGAACAUCUGCUGGAGAAGGUUCACGCCCAGCAGCAGCAGGUGUGGAGGGAAAACCCAGCAAGUCUGGGCCGCAGCUCAAAUGAAGUACUGCCUGUUGGACACCAGGUGCUGGCAGUGGGCAACAACUCGUCCUACCCAGGUGGGAAGGGCAUUGUGGGAGUUUCUCAGCAGCGGUACCACACCUCACAGGCCCAGGCCCAGCACAGACAUCAGCACCCACACAGGAGGCAGGCAACAUCUGCGCCGCUGCUGGAGGUCACCUACGACCAGCCACCAAAGUGUGAGAUCAGUGGGAAGGAAGCCAUUUCAGCUCUGUCCAGAGCCAAGAGCAAAGAGUGCAGGCAGCAGAUCGCAGAGGUGUACUGCAGGCACAGGGAGGGCCAGCUGAUGCCUGAGAAGGUCACCCGCUACUGCCACCUCGAAGGAAAAGCCAACGUCAACAUCCAGUGGGACGAGGACUCUGCCGAGAAUCUUCCUCUGAACCCAGUGAGGAUAGCAUUUGUCCUCGUGGUCCACGGACGAGCUUCUCGACAGGUUCAGCGUCUCUUCAAAGCCAUUUACCACACGUCGCAUUAUUACUACAUACACGUGGACCAGCGCUCCAACUACCUGCACAGGCAGGUGCAGGCAUUAGCUGCUCAGUACCCUAAUGUCAGGGUGACUCCAUGGCGGAUGGCCACCAUCUGGGGCGGGGCCAGCUUGCUGACCAUGUAUCUGCGCAGCAUGGCCGACCUUCUGGCCAUGAGGGACUGGAGCUGGGACUUCUUCAUCAACCUCAGCGCUGCUGACUACCCUAUCAGGACCAACAACCAGCUGGUGUCUUUCUUGUCCAAGUUCAGAGACAUGAACUUCAUCAAGUCCCACGGCAGAGACAACGCCAGGUUUAUCCGUAAACAGGGUCUGGACCGUCUGUUCUUCGAGUGCGACACACAUAUGUGGAGGCUAGGAGACCGUAAAAUCCCAGAUGGAAUCUCAGUGGACGGAGGGUCCGACUGGUUCCUUCUCAACCGUAUGUUCGUGGAGUACGUGGUCAACUCCAAGGACGACCUGGUCUCCAACAUGAAGAGGUUCUACGCCUACACCCUGCUGCCUGCUGAGUCCUUCUUCCACACAGUGCUGGAGAACAGCGCCUACUGUGGCAGCAUGGUGGACAACAACCUUCGCAUCACCAACUGGAAUCGCAAACUGGGCUGCAAGUGUCAGUACAAGCACAUCGUAGACUGGUGCGGAUGUUCUCCCAAUGACUUCAAACCUGCAGACUUCCACCGCUUCCAGCAAACCAUUCGGCCCACUUUCUUCGCCAGGAAGUUUGAAGCCAGCGUGAACCAGGAGAUCGUGAACCAACUGGACUCAUACUUGUUCGGACCCCAUCCUCAGGGAACACCGGCGCUAAACUCUUACUGGGAGAACACGUACGAUGAGCCGGACGGUGUGGCCAGCCUCUCGGAUACGCAGCUCACGUACUACCACUCCUUCUCACGCCUGGGCCUGGCCAGAGCCGCUGCCUCUCUGCAGGGGAACCCGAAGGAUCACAGCUGCAGGUAUUUCCCUAUGGGCCACCCUGUGUCAGUCUAUCUCUACUUCCAGUCGGACCAGUUCCAGGGCUACUUGGUCCAACACCACGCCACCAACCUGGCCACCAGCAAGCUGGAGACCAUGGAGACCUGGGUGGCUCCCAGGAGGAACUUCAGAUUCACCAGCCCUUCGUCCAGCACCUUCGGCAGGCUGCAGUUUGCAGAGAUCGGGACAGACUGGGACGCCAAAGAACGUAUGUUUAGAAACUUUGGUGGUUUAAUGGGCCCCAUGGAUGAGACCGUGGGCAUGCAGAAGUGGAACAAAGGGCCCAACAUAACCGUCACAGUGGUGUGGAUCGACCCCACCAACGUCAUCGCGGCCACCUACGACAUUCUGAUCGAAGCCAGCGCUGAAUUUACCCACUACCGCCCUCCUCUGAACCAACCUCUGAGACCUGGAGUGUGGAACGUCCGCAUCCUGCACCACUGGAGUCCCGUGGCUGAGAUGAGGUUUCUCAUCACACCACUGACGCAUCACAAACACCAGCCCAUACGACAAGAGGACACGCUCAGAUUCCACAACGGACCUGCGAAGAACAGCUACAUGGAGCAGAGCUUCCACGGUCUCAACCCAGUGUUAAAUAUCCCUGUCAGUCUGGGCUUCGUGGAGCAGGCCAAGAGGAACGCAGCCCUGACCGGCCCAGAACUGGACCACUGGGUGGACAGCCUAGUGAGUGAGCUGUGGGACGCGGCCGACAUCUGCGCUGUGGGUCCAACAGCAUGUCCUGUCAUGCAGGCCUGCUCCAAGAGUCCCUGGAGCUCCAUGAGCCCUGACCCCAAAUCCUAUCUGGGCGCUCCACGAGCAAAUGGACGCAUCAGGUAGCAGCGAGGCCUCCAGCUGGACAGGAGGCCACAGCACAGGAGAUUCACUGUUGAUUUUUAUUUAUUUUAAAUGUUUGUGGUUGAGAAGAGAAUGGAAGGAGAGUGUGGAUUUUUUUCUGUAGAAAGAGGACGAUGUUUGUGGAGGUUGAAGAGAAUGAUCUUUUUAAGAUUUCUCCUCUGAGGGGAUUGUUCUGGCUUCGCUCUUUCAGUCUCUCAGUCUAUUUAUUUUUUCUUCUCAUGACUGAGUCUAACUGUGAUACAAGUUUUAUUGCAAUUUAACAGCAUCCAUUUUGCUGCUGAAUGAGUUACGAGAUUAGCCUUCAAAGCCCCGGUCAGGGGCGCGACACUCAUUCGUGAGUGUGAGUUUUCAACACUGGUAGCAGAACAACGUCUGCUGCAAAAAGGCCUUAGCUGUCAGACGUAUCUGAGGAGGACGUACUGAAGUACUGAAGUUAAUGUGCCUCCUGAAGAUUAAUGUCAGUAACGAAGAGAAGCAGAAGAUGAGAUUGUGUGUGUGUGUCUAUUCAGAUUUACCCAAAUACUCCCAAAAACCUAUAUAGUGUGAAACUACUCAAAUAUAGCAACACUGAAAGGAUAAGAAGAGGAAGAACUGGACUUGCUUAA